GUUUUCCAUUCUUUUUACGAAGAAUCGAACGCGCUCAUGUGUCAAACACUUUUUCAGCACUGAAAUAUUUCGAGUUUGUCAGCUUCUUAUAUCAAGAUAUAAUUAUUAAGUAGAAUGAAUAAAAAUAUCCUUAGAGUUGCUAAGACGUUCCCUUUUGCUGCUGGGGCUUUUGUUUCAGGGCACACAUGUUACACCGUCUACAAACAAGUAUUCUUUGUAGAGAAUGAAUGCAUAAAAAGCUCAUACUAUGGAAACCUUACAACUCCAUUUGAUCCUCACACAGAGAAAGCUAUAGAUGCGGUUUUUGAUAAAUUAGUGUUUGUAGCCUCGGGAAAACAGUGUGCUUUGACACAGUUUUACUGGUCUAACAAAGCUACAGUACAGCAUAGAGGAAGUACUUUGUCAAGAUUCGGAACAUACGUUGGUGUACCCAUUCACUAUAAGUACCAGGAUCCAUCAGAAGUAGAUCUCUCAGAUCUGGAAAGCAGUUUUGAAUGCAGUGAAAAGAGUUCGGAACUCUUACAAAGACUCAAAGAAUCCCUUGUGCUAAGUGAGAAUGCCAAAAAGUUUGCACUUGCUUCAGAAUUUUUAAAUGCUCAUUCUUUUGAACUUCCAGUGCGAUGUAAUGGCAUAGUGUUUUUUAUUCUAGCAUAUGCAAUCCUUCAGAAUCCUUUAGCCGGGGCAGUUACAUAUGGAACUCCUCAACAGGUACUUGCCAUCUUUGUAGCACUGGCAUCUUCUCUUUUUAUUGUUCACUAUAUUACAAGUAGAACUUACUUCAAGUAUGUGCGAGUAUCAUCAGAUAGAAAAGUUGCAAAGUUUGGAGAUGAUUUCUUAAAAGGCGGAAUAGAAUAUUUUGAAAAGUUGGCAGAGAAAAACAAAGUGUUAAGAGAAUUAGAUCCCAAAACUUCGGGAUAUUUGUUUGAACCAAAUGGUGAUGAAGUUAAAAGUAUCAUUAAUUUUGGUAAUGUGGCAAUAAGUGAUAGAUUAACUUGUUUACAGAAAAUUGACAAGGAGAUACAAGAGACCAAAGAUUUAACCCCAGAGAAUUCUGAAGAUACAACUUCAUAGAAAAACAAACAAACUGUGUUUAUUUUAGAAAAAUUUUAAUAUUUGAAGUAAAUAAAAUAUAAUCUGUUUCUUAUAA